AUGCUAUCCAAGAUUUCCAAAUUUUCCUUUUCUUCCUCUAUUUUGAAGAGUACUGAAUAAUUCUUUAAGCAAGCUGGUAAAAUAGCUAACAUUCCUGAAGAAGACGUAAACUUCUACUUCGAACCUGAAUUGAGUUGCUAGAUUAACAUUCCCUUAAAGAGAGAAAAUGGUGAAUUCAUCAAUGUUAACUGCUAUCGUACCUAACACAAGUAACACAGAGUUCCUACCAAGGGUGGUUUGAGAUUCAUGGUCGGAGUUACUACUGAAGAUGUCCAUGCCUUCUCAGCCUUGACAACUGUUAAGAAUGCUAUUGCUGCAGUUCCUUUUGGAGGUUCUUUCGGUGCUAUCUCCAUUGACCCUGCCUUGAUGACCUAGAGAGAAGUUGAACUCAUCACCAGAAAAUACACCACUGAACUUUGCAAAAGAGGUUUCAUUGGUGCUUCUAUUGAUGUUCCAGGACCUGAUCACCACACUGGAGAACGUGAAAUGAACUGGAUAAAGGACACCUAUCAAACUUUCUAUGGUUAAAACGACAUUAAUGCUUAAGGAUGUGUCACUGGUAAAUCUUUGAAUUAAGGUGGUAUUAGAGGAAGAGUUCAAGCUGGUGGCCUUGGUGCCUCUAUCUACUUGAAUUAUUUAUUCAAUCAUAAAAAGCUUGCUUAAAGAUUAGGCUUAGAAUAAGGUAUUGCUGGAAAGACCUUCAUUAUUCAUAGUUUUGGUAAAAUCGGUUACUGGACUGCUUUCUAUUUACAAGAAUUAGGUGCCAAGCUUAUUGGUGUCAUCGAAAAGGACGGAUCUAUUUACAAUCCUGAAGGUAUUGAUGUCAAUCUUGUUAAGCUUCACUUUGAUAAGAACCACAGUUUUAAGGGAUAUCCUGGUGCUGAAUUCUAUCCUGAUGAAACUGCUAUGUAUAAAUAAUGUGAUUUACUUAUUCCUACCUAUGUUAAUCACCUUAUUAAUAAAGAUAAUGCUGAUAAACUUAACUGCAAGUAUUUAGCAGAAAAUACCAAUGCCGUUGUUAGCUAUGAAGCUGAUUAAAUUUUGAACAGCAAGGGAAUCGUAGUAUUCCCUGAUGUUUUAAUUUCAUCUGGACCUAUCGUAGUUAGCUACAUGGAAUGGUUAAAGAAUCUCGAACACAUUCGUAAGGGAAGAUUAACUCGUAAGUGGGAAGAAUAAAGUAACUACUCUUUAAUGGAAUUCAUUUCUUAAGCAACUGGCUUAAAAAUGGAAGUUAGUGAAGAAAACAAAGAAAAGCUUCAAGGUGCUUAGGAAAGAGAUAUCGUUAACUCAGGUUUAGAAGCUAUUAUUGAAGAAUCAGUUGAUGAGCUUCUUCCUAUCCUUGAAAAGAACCCUAGUAUUUCCUUACGUGAUGCCUGCUAUGUUGAUGCUUUAACUAAAUUACACUCUCAUUACAAAACUGCUGGUAUUGCACUUAGCAACGCCGUUAAAAUUGAAAAGAAAUAAUGA